GCUGGUACAUAGCGAACGACGCAUUCACGAGGAAGUUGAGUUUUUCUGCUUCGCCGUUCUCUGUUUUCUCGUUGAGUUUGUUUUGCUAUGAAAGCCUCAGGUUGGAAAUCCUCAAAGUGGAAAUAAUUUGUAAUGCAAAAAAACGACUCCAGUGGAAGCGCCAUUUGUAGUCGGCGCAUGACAAAUUUUCCGGGCACUCAAAACGUGUCUGUCAUGCUAGUUAGGCAAAGGGGUGCAUUUCUCUCGUGCUAAUCAGCACUCCAAUUCUUAACCCGUAGCACGACAACAGUCGGCUUCCAUUGCUCCUCUGCAAUACAGUCUUUGUUGCGUCGCAUUUCAUGCAUCACAAAUUAUUUCCACGUUGAGGAUUUCCAUUCUGAGGCUUUCAUAUUUGCCGGAAAAGUUUUACCUGCACGACUUAUUUGGCUUGCGCGUGGAAUCGCGCACGUUUGGGACGAUUGCUGUGGGAAGGUUGCGGAAACUACACCGGGUGAUGCACUCAAAUUGGGAGCAAGAAGUGGCAGUACAGGCCGCGCCGGCGCAAGGAAAAACUACUAAAACUCCUGGAGGAAGCGAUACAACUUCUGACAGCAAGGCGCCUGAAACAUCAAACCCUGAGCAGCAAAACAUGCAAGGUGUCCCGCGAGUUCAAGUAGGACCCCCUUUCCCGAGCGGCUGCGCUUGGGCCCGGGGAAUCACGCUAUCCAGGACGGGGAAGGUGGAAGUCGUCGUUCCAGCGACGGCAACUGCGCAGGAACGGCAAAACGAUGCCCCCUCGACAUCUUCAGGGUCAGGCACUUCAGGUACGGCGGUCCCCGCGAAACCGCAAAAAUCCCGAAUCGACGACCUCGGCCAUAUCCACGGAUCCGUCGUCGCCGAGAUAUUCCCCACGGAACUUCACUCGCAAAGCAAGACAACUAGUUACAUCAACCGCAUUUCCG